GCACAGCAGAGGUAAAACUCCACUUUUCCCUUCUUUACAAUCUGACAUUUUGCCUGCAUAUUUUAUCCCUUUGAGCAAAUCGGACAGGUGCGUUUUUGUACCAACUUUACUCGGGCCCGCGACUGCUGCGUUCAAGGAGCCUCCAGAGCUCCUGUCUGUGCCACCAUGCGGAUCAAAGCUGCUCUUCCCAAAUAUGAGAUCUACUUCUACAACACGGUGCUGUGUCUGGCCAUGUUCUGGGCCGCCAGCUGGAUCUUUGAGGUGUCCAGCUCCAGUACAAACAGGAAGACGUUCAAAACCAGUGUGAGGCCGGGAUGGUACUACUUUGGGAGGAGAAUGGAUACGGCUGAUUUCGAGUGGAUGAUGUGGUUUUCCACCUUCAGGGAGCACAUCCUGUUUGCUCUCUCUGGUCACGUGCUGUUCGCUAAGAUCUGCUCCAUGCUGGCUCCACAGCACAGGUCCUUGGUGUACCUGGUGUACGGGCUGCUGGCUGUGUGGACCAGCAUGGGCUGGACCUACGUCACCCUCAUCCUGUCCCACUGCAUCCUGCUCUACAGCAUCUCCUUGGUGAAAAUCCGUUGGCUUUGCUUUGCCACGGGUCUCUGCACCCUCGCUACGUUCAAGUGCGAACCCUUCGUGUCCUGGCAGGCGGGUUUUGUGGAGGGGGACUUCGAGCUGCGUCAUGUUCUCUUCUAUGGAGGUUGUGGCUUUACUAUAAUGCGCUGUAUGAGCUUUGCUCUGGAGAACUGCGAGAGGAAAGAUGGAAACUACAACAUCCUGGAGCUGCUCAAGUACAACUUCUACCUCCCCUUCUUCUAUUUCGGGCCCAUCAUGACCUUUGAUAAGUUUUAUGUUCAAGCCAACAAGUCAGACCUGACCAGGAAGGAGCGGGAGCUGUGGAACAUCAGCCUGCAGGGCCUGAUCCACCUGGGAGUCAUCGUUGUAGUGGGCGUCCUCUUCCAUUUCAUGUACAUCCUCACCAUCCCCACCGACAUGAAGCUGCUGAAGCACCUCUCCGACUGGGCUCUAGUGGGCCUAGCUUACUUUAACCUGGUGUAUGACUGGGUGAAGGCUGCAGUCAUGUUUGGAGUCAUCAACACAGUGUCCAGACUGGAUCAUCUGGACCCUCCCAAGCCACCAAAAUGCAUCACUCUGCUCUACGUGUUUGCCGAAACCCAUUUCGACAGAGGGAUCAACGAGUGGCUGUGCAAAUAUGUGUAUGACUACCUGGGUGGAAAACAUGACAAUGUGGUGGAGGAGCUGGUGGCUACGCUGUGCACCUUCGGCGUCACCAUCCUGUGGCUGGGACCCUGUGAGGUGGUGCUGCUCUGGGCUUUCUUUAACUGUUUCGGCCUCAACUUUGAGCUGUGGACCGCCAAGUUCUUCUCCAUGGAGCCUUUUGCGUCUUUCGAGACAGCCAUGUCAGAAGCAACGUCCCGCCGGAUCCGAGCCAUCUUCAACACUUUUAACUUCUGGAGCAUUGUGUUGUACAACAUUCUGGCCUUGAACAGUUUGGACUUUGCCAAGUUGGUCACCAAACGGCUGCUUCUCAAAGGCUUCCCUAUAACCACCAUCAUCGUCAUGUUUGUGACCUACUGCCUGAUUCAAAUGAUUAAGGAGAGAGAGAGGAGGCAGGCCCUUAUCGAUGAUCCUGAUCCUCUUCCUCCUGUUCCCCCUCCCAACGCCGCUACCAGCCCGCCCGGCACCGCAGCUCCACCCGCCACUGCCGCUACUGCUGCUGCUGCUGCUGCUCAGCCAGUCGCAGAUCCCAGCAAGGAAAAAGCUGAAUAGAUGCUAAUAGUGAAGGAUGCACACAGCCAGCAGCAAUAUUUCCAGUCCAGAUUUUAGAACAUGACUUGUGAAUGGAUGCUGACGUAGAAAACAGCAUUAAUUGUAAAUAAACUAACCAUCGUUUAACUGUGUUUAUACCUAAAAGGGAAAAAUAGAGUGCAAUGAAAGACAUUUAGAAAUAAUGCAGUAUAAUGUACAGUACACCACUGAUACUACAGUAAAAAAACCUUCUGUGUACUAACACUGUAGAAAUGUCAAGACUAAAUUGAAAUUUUCUCAAACGUUUGUCAUUAAUGCAGA